CGUGUCGGUGCGGACCGCGGUGGGAGCAGCCGCCAUGGAGGAGCCCGCGGCGCACAACGGCAGCGCCGCCGGCGCCGCGCCCGGGGCCGGGACCCCCGCCCGCCCGCCCGCCACCCCCGAGGGCAUGGCGCUGGCCUACGGCAGCCUCGUCCUCAUGGCGCUGCUGCCCAUCUUCUUCGGGGCGCUGCGCUCCGUCAGCUGCGCCAAGAGCAAGAACUCCUCGGAGAUGCCAGAGACCAUUACCAGCCGAGACGCUGCUCGCUUUCCCAUUGUUGCCAGUUGCACCCUCCUGGGGCUCUACCUCUUCUUUAAAAUAUUCUCUCAAGAGUACAUCAAUCUUCUGCUUUCCAUGUAUUUCUUUGUGCUGGGGAUCCUGGCCCUGUCCCACACUAUCAGCCCCAUGAUGAACGGAUUCUUCCCUGCAAAUUUCCCCAACAAACAGUACCAGCUCCUCUUCACCCAGGGCUCCGGGGAGAGCAAGGAGGAAAUAGUGAAUUAUGAGUUUGACACCAAGGAUCUUGUGUGCCUGGCCUUGAGCAGUGUUGUGGGGGUCUGGUACCUGCUGAGGAAGCACUGGAUUGCCAACAAUCUCUUCGGGCUGGCAUUCUCCCUCAACGGUGUGGAGCUGCUGCACCUGAACAACGUCAGCACUGGCUGCAUCUUGCUUGGGGGCCUCUUCAUCUAUGAUGUGUUCUGGGUCUUUGGCACCAACGUGAUGGUGACAGUUGCCAAAUCGUUUGAGGCCCCAAUAAAACUGGUUUUCCCUCAGGACCUGCUGGAGAAGGGGCUGGACGCCGACAACUUCGCCAUGCUGGGACUGGGAGACAUUGUCAUUCCGGGGAUCUUCAUUGCCUUGCUGCUGCGGUUUGAUAUCAGCCUGAAGAAGAACACGCACACGUAUUUCUACACCAGCUUUGUGGCCUACAUCUUUGGGCUGGGCCUCACCAUAUUCAUCAUGCACAUCUUCAAGCAUGCCCAGCCUGCGCUGCUGUACCUGGUCCCUGCCUGCAUUGGAUUCCCGCUUCUGGUGGCCUUGGCAAAGGGAGAAGUAACCGAAAUGUUCAGCUAUGAAUCCUCUGCUGAAAUCUUGCCUCACACACCAAGACUUACCCACUUCCCCACGGUGUCUGGCUCGCCGGCCAGCCUGGCUGAUUCCAUGCAGCAGAAACUGUCCUGUCCCCGCCGACGCCGGCAGCAGAGCCCUAGUGCCAUGUAGCCACUGCCACCGGGGGCCCUUGUCUGUCGCUCUGGCCAGCUACGAGGAGAGCUCAACCCCCAAGGAGGCAGCAGGGGCUUCCAAAGAAGAGCCAACAGAAGCCUCCAAGAAGGAGAAGUGACCUUGCCCGUGGGCUGUGCCCGGCGCUGCUGGGCUGGGGCCCUUCAAGACCCUUUGCAAGUGACAGAUGACGAAACAAUUGUGCAAGAGCAUCAUGUUGUGUGUGUCGGAGCAGCCACCCAGGUGGGGUAUCGAUGUAUGCCGGUUUUUAAAUUUUGUAUUGUGCAUUUGCUUUCUCUCAUAUUAAACCAUAUUGAAGGAA